AUGAUUACCUUCCUCCAACUCCUCAGCCUCUUCUUCAUCGCUUCUAAAGUGGAUGAAGAGGACAAGGACAAAGACUCGAAGUAUGACCUGUCCUUGUACAAACGUGGCGACCUUUUGGAAGUUCCUAGAACUCUCUUCACCCAUUUCGGCAUCUACCUGGGCAACAACCGGGUGGCCCACUUCAUCCCGGACAUCCUUCCGGUAUUCACCAAGAACAAGGCUGCCAUCGGCAAGAUGGUGACCAACAACCGGCUGAUUCUAGGGGUGAUCGCCAAGUUGGCGAGCGUCAGGGUGGACUCGUUGGUGGAUUUUGCGUAUGGCUCGGAGAUCCUGGUCAACCACAUGGACAAGCUGUGCAGCCAGCCCCCCCUGGAAGGGGACGAGGUGGCCAGGAGGGCAGAGAAGCUCAUGGGCUCCAUGACCUACAGUUUGCUGUGGUACAACUGUGAACACUACGUCAUGUACUGCCGCUAUGGCAUGGCCAUCAGCUACCAAACCUACCAGUUCUGUUUGACAGUGAGGAAAAUCAUCUGCAGCAGGAUGAACGCCUACCUCACAGCUCUGUGUGGAACGGGCACCAUGUUAUACCUGGGCUCCCUAACGCUGCUAAACACAGUACCCACCCUGCUCGUCCCCUUCACCAUCUGGAUGGCAUCGUAAAACGGCCACAGACACACAAAGAGACUCAUUGACAUGACUGCGGAAUAUGGAAUGCUUAAAUGAUGUCCCACUAUCACUAUCACUGUUCAUGAAAUAAAA